AUGCCGGCCCAGCUUGAUGAAUUUGCCCAGAAUUUUGGAAAUUGCCCUUUUCUUUAUAAAAAAAAUGUUGUACUUGAUAAUGGCGAUUCUCAGGUUUUUUCUUUUCCUAGGAAUACUAUUCAUUCUAAACUUAUGGCUACUCACCAGAAUGUUUCUGAAAAUUCGAAGAAAAGGUCUGAACAUGAAACUGGAAUUUCUAGUGAUCAUACUGAGAAAUCCAUUUUAUUAAAUUCUUUAAAUGAUAUUCGUUCAUCGAAAUGUGCGCAUGUUGAAGAUUGUUAUAAUUCUGCUGAAGAAUUUUCUGGAAUAUUUGGUGAUAAUGUUUGUGGAAAUGAAUCGAGUUUAUUGGGUAGUUCUUCAUUAAAACGUACUUGGACUAAAGAUUUUGAAGAGUCUAUACGUGGAUCUUGUUCUAAGAAAAGUGAUGAUUUAGUUGUUAGUGGUCAGGAUGAAGAAUAUUUGAAUUCUAUCGUGAAUAGCAAGCGUAAAAAAGAGAGUAAUGGAAAGGGUAAAGAGCCUUAG